CAUAUCUAACUGAAGAACCGUUUGAUUUUCGUGUGAAAGUGUAUGUCCAUGUGUGAAAUUCGCCACUUGCGCAAUUGAUGUCGUUUUCCAAUGUCCUAAUCAUGCGACAGCCCGACGAGGGCAAGUGCCACAUCUGUAAGCGGGUCUUCUGCUGCGGCAAAUGCCGCCAGAACCAUCAGUUCAAAGCGCACGCCAUUGCUGUGCGGGAACCACUGGGAUUGAGAGUAGCCGGGAGCGGCGUUGGAGGAAUCACGGAGCACCGCCAUCAAAUGGAGUCGGGAGCCACCACCAUCUACGUGUUCUGCCCGAUCUGCGAGCGACGACCGCUGAUGCUGCGCGAGGAGAUGCACGGCGAGCUGCUGGCCCACAUCGAAACCUGUCAUUUGCCUUUGAGAUGCCGGAAGUGCCAGCGCAACUACACGCGCAUCGACGACCUGCGGGAGUUCAGCAAGUGCGUGGAUCAGCAGCAGAACUGCAGCGAUCUCACCAUCGACACGGAGACCUCCAAGGUGACGGUGAAGAGGGCGCCGAAUACGAAUAGCACUGCCAUCUCCACCCAAACGUCGCCCGGCAUGACGCCCAUUUCGCUGAUCAACAUGCGCUGGAAGGCCAAGAGCCGCCUGACCCACGAGGAGUUCAUCAGCGACAGCGUCUCCUCCAUCCGCAACCUGUCCUCGUUCAGCAACAGCUCCAUUCGUCGCUCCGUUGGCCAACUGGGCGUCAAUCCGCCGGAAACGGUGACCAAGGGAAAGGUGAUUCGCUCCACUUCCACGCCGCUGCAGGUGGAAUCGGUGUUUGCCAAGCCCAAGGAGCCGCUCACUUUUAAUGCCUCCAAUGGCGGGCAUGUGUCUAGUAUCUACCACGAGGAGCCCAGCCCCGCGCCAGAGGGCAAUCCCCUCCAGCAGCAACCGUUGCAGCAGCGCGCCUGGAAGAUGGGCGCCCGGAACAAGAUGAGCGCCGCCACUCCGCUGCGCCAGGUGAUGUCGAAGAGCAUCCAGAAGGCCUUCGUGGAGCACGGCGGGAUGCCCUCCGCGGUGAUCCAGCGACGCGUGCGCCUCGAUCUCAGCGAGCACAGCUCCUGCGAGGCAACUUCCUCCUCCUCCGCCCUCGAUUUGCGCCUCUCGCCGGCCAUGCGACGCACCCAGAGCGAGUCCAGCGCCUCGGAGGUCCACAGUAGCUCCUCCGCCGAUGUCUACAAGCGUCCCUUCCUCCUGUCCGCCCAGAAACUGACCACCGAAUCGAUCAUCAUCACGCGCAUGAACUCCAACUCGCAGGAGAGCUCCUCCACGGUGUACAACUCGUGCGAGAGCGUCGAGAUCAUACGCUCCACCUCGGAGUCGGCUGAGGUCCAUGUGCCGGCGGCCAUCACGCCCAUCCGGGUGACCGGAGCCGGGAUCAACAAGAAGCAGAUCAAGUUCGAGACGCCGCCGAAGGGCAAUGGCAGCCAGGAGCUAAUGCUGCCUGGCGGCGGGCAGGAGGACGACAAGGAUCAGUUCUUCACGCCGGAUCCGGGGACUCCAGAGCGAACGGAGCGGCGUAAUCCUCGCCAGGCGAUUGUGCCGCGCCAGCUGAGCGGCGAGUUUUCGCCCAAGAAGGAGGAUCAGAACAACAGGGCCAAGGAGCAGCUGGUCUCGCCUCCUUUGCAGCGACCCAGGUUGCGUCCUCCGUUGAGGGAAUGUGGCCAAAGGAGGGUCUUCAGUGGCGUCCAGGAUGUGGGCGAUCCAGAGGAGCCGGAGGAGGAGGAGGACGAGGUGUUCCGGCCGACGAACGCCUCCACGCGUAAGGACAAAGAGCCGGGAAACUCAGGACGCCUGUGGUCACUGAUGACCUCCAUGAUGCGACUGCCGGCCAGUUUGCGCGGGGAAAAAGAGAAGGAGAAGGAAAAGGAGAAGUAUCCGGAGGCGGAGAAGGAGAACGCCGGAUCGGGCUCGCUCAUCCGCCGCUGCGCCUCCAUUGCCGGCUCCCUGGUGCGUCCUGGAACCAGGGAUUCCUCCUCCUCCUCCAUGGAGGACAGCCAGAGCCUCAAGAGGAAGCGCACCCAGACGCUGGACAGCCAGUACUGCAGCCCGUUGUCGCCGUCCAGCUCCUCCAAGCGCUACCGCAUCCGGCCCAGGGAGCCCAUCGAGCGCAUGCGUCGCCACUAGGAUUUAAGUUAUUUCGAAACAGCCAAAUUUGUGUUUUUAUUAUUGUGAAUUUUAGUCUUUUCAAAUAAAUGUUUACUUUCUGCA